ACGGUGCUGUUUUCUCUCUCUCUCUCUCUCUCAGUGCAGCAGCAGCAGCUGAAGUCUAUGUUCAUUGCUAACCUGAUCAACCCAGGAUGUGGCUUCUCUGUGACAUCACACCCAGAUGUUUUUCCAGGCCACGCCCCCACGGGGCUCUGAAACACUCAGAGGAGCAAUAACGGAGAAAGCUUAUUCUACUGUCACAAUGCAAUGGACGAGUUAGAGAAACUGCAUUUUUGUCAUUUCAUUGCACUCUAGAAGAUCAACAUUAAUUCCCACUUAAAGCAACAAGCUGCCAGAGUUAUGAUUUUUUCUUUCAUUGGACUUUAAAUGCCUUUUCUCUUUAGUGACAAGCUGGGUGCAAUCUUCACAAACAGAGUGCAUUUAGAAUAGCUGUUCAGUCAGCUCUGGCUUCUACAAAGGGAUCCUAAGAAAUAGGAGGGGAAAAGUCUGCUUGUUUUUGUGGUUUUUUUUUAAAAGGGAAAACGUGCAAUUUUUUUUUAAACACACCUAUGAAAAAUGGCAACAGCAGCAUACGUGGAUCAUUUUGCAGCCGAGUGCCUUGUUUCUAUGUCCAGUCGUGCUAUUAUCCACAGUCCCAAAGGGGACGCAGAUCCCCGACCUGAUGCAGCAGUACCUCCUCCUCUAUCAAAUGGAGAAAAUAAGCGGGAAGUAAGAGAGACCGGGAAAGACAAUGGAUCGUCGCUGUUUGUGGUGGCCAGGAUUUUAGCAGAUCUUAACCAGCAUGUCCCAAAUUCUGCCACCGUUCGGAUGGAAAAAACAGAGAGCAUCGAUAACAGGGAAAAACUAAGUCCUUCUUUUCCUCCUCAGGAGUUUGGGGAGGAAAGUGUCUCCCCAGCCGGCAAGCGUGGAGAAGGAAAAGCAGCCACACCUACUAGCCUGGCUGCAGUAAGCGAGCCAAGCCCCAAACAAAGGAGCAGACGGGGAAGAAACCGGGCUGACCCCGAGUCACCCCAGAAAAAGCACAAAUGCCACUACGUGGGGUGCGAAAAAGUUUAUGGCAAAUCUUCCCAUCUCAAAGCUCAUCUAAGGACCCACACAGGAGAGAGGCCUUUUGAAUGCAGCUGGCAAGAAUGCAACAAGAAAUUUGCCCGCUCCGACGAACUGGCCCGGCACUACCGCACUCACACUGGAGAGAAGAAGUUCGGCUGCCCUCUCUGCGAGAAACGUUUCAUGCGCAGCGACCACCUGACGAAGCAUGCCCGUCGCCAUGCCAACUUCCACCCCAGCAUGCUCAAGAGGCGGAGCGGCAGCAGCUCCAGAACGGGGUCUGUCAGUGACUAUAGCCGUUCGGAUGCAUCAAGCCCCACCAUCAGCCCCGCCAGCUCCCCAUAAACCUACCUGCACUGGAUGUCAGCACUUUGCCUCUGACACUUAUUGUGGAGUUGAAUUUGUGUUGCACACAGUUUUAAAACUGUUGCUUAUUUUGUUUUGUUUUUUCGGUAAGUAGCUGCCUCUCGCUGCAACUUCAAAACAAGAACUCUUCACCUCACCAAACAGGUGGCUGGUCUAACCUCACGGACAGACGGAUCUUAAUGUUCCACUUAGUGGCUCCUGCUGCCUCAAUAUUUCAUAUGUUUUACAGCCAUACACAGAUGCUCUUGAUUGUUGUUUAUAUAUAAAAAACCCAUAAAACCUUAAAAAACCCAUCUAUAAUUCACCUCAGGUGUCCGAGCAGUUUUGAGAGAUCGGAUUGCACAACACAAGCAUAUAUACAGUUACAAUUCAGUUGUGUUGGGCUUUCUCCCCCCACCCCCUUCUCCUUUCUCAGGGAUGGCUAUUUAUAUUACACAAUAAGUACAAUGAAGACAUACCUUUGCCACAACCUUACUCGGUAAAUAUAUUUGCACUCAGAAACAUUUUGUUCGUUUUUUUCACACACGUGGAGAAAAAACAAACAAACUAGUACUGGAAGUUAGUGCCAGGCUCUUUUAUUGUUUGAUUUCAGUUACAUUCUACCUUUGGGGGGCCCACUUUUUCAUGCAGCUGCCCUUUGCUUUUGAGAGCAAGCAAUCCUUUCAUUUCUCACCGCAGAUGCUCCAAAAACCAACUUCCUGUUGCAAAAAGCUUCCUGUCCGAGUUGGAUAAACUUUUCUUUUUAAAGCUAGAUUAACUUCCAAGAAAGAUUUCUAAACGAGAUGCCUUAAUCAAAGAAUCUAAACACAAGGAAACACAUUGACACUGGGUAACAGCUUUUCCAGCAAGGUGGUAUGGAAUUUUGGAGGCAUUUUGUCUUCUAUCUCUCUGAGUUAUAAGCUCUUUCUGCACUGCCUAUCGAAUAUGGGACCAACGAAAUAUUAAAGCAAACCACAUUGACUUGAACAACUUUCUCCCCCCCCACUUAAAAAAAAAAAAAAAAAAGAACGGAGAAAACCUUGUAGCUGAACCAAUGCCCAUCAAAACUUUUAUCAAGGUACUUACCUACUGUACAGCUGGAUGCUAACACAAAGAAAUUGCUUAAGACAAAGUUUCUGUACACUGUUGUAUCAUAACUGUGGUCACCGAUAAAAAGGAAACAAAAAACAUGCAUUUUUUAAAAAGUGUUACAAAAAUGGUGUUUUAACUCAAAAAAUACUUCAGGCUUCUCUUUCAGCUGUAGUGCAGAAUUCUAUAAAGCAAUAUCCCCUUCACCUAUGAGACAUUGUAUAUUAAAAAGGGGAGUUGUGAUUUUUCUAUUAAUUUUUAAUAGUAGACCACUUUAUCAUAUAUAUCUGUGCUUUACAAAUGGUAUAGAAUAUAGCAAAGGACCAGAAUAUUGUGAUGUCACAGAGACCUCAUUGUCAGAAAAUAUACUUUAUUUGGAUUGGCUGGUUCAGAUGGUGCAUAUUAAAAAUUCAGGUGCUUUUGGUUUUGGAUUUUUUUCACAUUACUGUAAAGAAUAAAUGCAGUCAAGUGUAGCACAGUGAAAAGAAACUCAAUACACCAAACCUGCUGUUUGAUAUAAAGUGAAUGCCUCCACAUUCCAAAGGAGUCUUGAUCCAUAUCUUACUUGCUGCUUUGCAUUGAUCCAAUUUUACUAGGUUUUUAAAAAAAUUUUGUACUGUAUAUUAACUGCGAGAGGCUAUUACAUUAUAGAUUUGUAAGUAGUUUCAUAGGUACUUGCAUACCAUUUACAUUGUUGAUAAUUCCAAGCGCUCUUUCAGUUGUAUGAUUGGUAACUACUUAAACACAGGUUAAAGUGCAGAUAUUUCAGUAUUUUUGUGUAUAUUUGUUUCAAACUUCACCUUUACAAAAACAGUUUUUUUCUGUUGAAUUGUAAAAUCACAUAAGGCUGGACAUUCUGGUUUCAUAUGAUGGAUGGAAAAAGCCUUUUGAUAGAAGUCCGAUUAUUGUUUAACUUGUGUGAUGAGUUGCCUGAACACUGUUGGUUUAGGAAAAGCCAUGUUCAUUUACCUCCCUAGUUACAACUGUUGUAAUCUCUUCUGAUAAAAUACACAACGUUAACAUUUUAAUACAAUUCAGGUAGCAGGAAUUCACUUUCCAAUAGCUUUUGCAGCUCAUAAGAGUGCUUUUGUGCUGUAGUUAGUAAAGGGACAAAAAAGAUAACUAGCUUAGAGAAUUGUACAGGUCAGUUGUGCCUAGUGCACACACUCUUAAAACAGUUCAUUAAGUGUAAAAAUAUUUCUCUCAUCAUGAAUAAAUCUUACUAUAGGGAUAAUGAUACAGGAAACAAAACUGAAAACAAAGGAUAAUUACAAAGUACUCAUCAAAAAAGUGAUGGCCUUUAUAUGUUAUGGCUUCAAUCGGGUAUGCUUUAUCACCUCCAAAGAAAGCAUUAUUUUCUUCUUAGUUCUGUUGCAGAAUACAAUUCAAUUCCACCCAUUAUAAUACAUGGUGACAUUGAUUUAAAACAGGUUCUUGACCUAUCUCUGAAGGCAAAAUUCAAGUUUAUAGGUAUACUAUGAAUUAAUGUAACUCAGGUAAAGAUAUGGAUUAGUUUAUAAGCAAAAUACUUUGACAGUCUCAGUCUAGCUACAGCAAAAGUUUGUCCCUGCUACUCUAGCAGCACUGGAAGAGGAUAGUAAAACCAUUCUCAAUAAAUCUUUCACCCAAACAACAAACUGUAGCUUUUAUCUGCCUGCUCCCAAAAAUAUUUGGAUUCAUUCUGUAAAGUUAGAUGGAAGCAAAAAUAUUGAAUGCAAGCUGUUCUCAAUGGAAUUCCCAACUCAACCAAAUAAUCUCAUGAGAAAAGCCACGAGACCAAUUU